AUGGGCCCCGCCAACUGCGCGGCCGGCGUCCAAAUCUGCGGCGCAAACUGCUGUACCGGCCCAGCCGCUGCUUUCGCCUGCGAGAACGGCGCUUGCAUCCCCAUCAACGGCGCGCCAGCUCCCCCGGCCUCGACGUCGGUGACGAUCUCGACCUCAGUGACAGCCAUCACGCUGGUGACUACGUCUCCCGCCGGCAAACCCACCGAGACGCCCCCGCCUAACACCACUGUCUCCGUGCCCGUCGUCGCCCCCUCCGUCACCACCAUCAACGUGACGUCCUGGUCCACCACCGCGUUCCCGACUGGUAACCAGACCACCGAGACGGGCACCGGCGCGAGCCACACCCACUCUGCGAAUGCGACCGAGACGAGCGGCGAGUCGAAGCCUACCGGCGCGGCGGGUAUGCUGCUCCCUGGCAGUGGUCUUCUCGGUGCGGCUGUUGCGGCUGCCCUUGGUGCCUUGUAA